AUGACAAAUUUACAGAAUUUAACUAGUAAACUUAGUGAAAUAGAGGACUAUUUUAGAACAUUCGUUAAUGAUUACAUGCGUAUUGAUAAAAUAAUAUUAUUUAUUUAUGUGCUGGGGAAUUUUAGCAGGAGUUAUUAUUCACAACAACAAGUAGAAUGGUCUUCAAAGCAAAGAUUAAUAUACGGCGGUGAACAAGUAACGGUUUUACCAAAAGGAGCACAAUUCAAUCUAACUCCUGAAUCACACCUGCCUCCAGAAGGUAAUUGAACAUAAACACAAAAUAUGAAAACGAUUAUCGUAAUCAACUUCAUUAUAAUUUUUGUUUAGGAACUCGAAAAAUAUUGUUACCGAAUAAAUGUCUAUUGGCCGCCUGGCUUGUAGUGUAG